AUGAACGUGUCAAAGCUCAUGAAGUUUUUAAGUCAAAGCUCAUUCGUGUUACAACAAUUAUAUUAUCAAGGGACAGAAAAUUUUCAUGCCCGAGGAUACUAUAAAUCAAAUAAAAGACAAGUUACUCAUAUACCGAUGCUUUCAGAAAGAUGGAAGAACUGGUGGAAAAAUGGCAACAUUUCCCGAAAACCUGUGGAAAAUUUCGCGUCUCUUGCAAAUAUUCAUAUCACUCAAUAUGGGUCCGUCACAAUGAAAAGUAAAGACAAAGACAUACAUACAUAUGAAAUGGAAGGUUCAAUGCAUCAAUAUAACGAAAGGGUUUCUAUCGAGAUUUUAGUUGAAGAAUUGAUCGAAUUUUUAAUUAUCAUGGUCUUGGAGAAGAAAUGCCCUCAACCAAGGAAGGUGUUAUCACGGGAAGAUUGGGACAUUCUAUGCCGUCGAUGUUGGAGAAGUUCUGCUAGGUAUAUCAUGGACAUAGUAGGGACGGGACAAUCUCAAAAAUGUACAACACGCCUUAAUGCUUUAAGUAUCAAUUUGGGUAGAGCAUGA